AUGAAGAUCGAGGAUUGGAAAUCCGCUGUCCUGAGGGGUCCGGCGCUGCCGGCGCUUGGCCAGGCGGUGGCUGGUGCGGCAGGCGCGGUUGUGUCGACGAUCUCGACGUAUCCGUUGAGUUUGAUUGUUACGCGGUUGCAGUUGCAGAGGCAGUUGAAGGGUAUGAGGGCGUUGGAAAAGAGACGGAAAGAGGAAGGGAAAGGGAAAGGGAAAUGGAAAGGGAAAAGGAAGGAUGAAGAUGAAGAUGAAGAUGAAGAUGCUGAUGUCGAUUACGAAGAUGUGGAUGAAGGCGAGUAUAAGGGGAUUAUAGACGCAGCGAGGAAGAUUUACGAGAGGGAGGGUGGGCUGCGUGGGUUAUACGCUGGGCUUACGCAUGCGACUGGAAAGGCGGCUGUGGAUUCGUUUGUGUUUUUCCUUGCGUAUUCAUUCUUGCGGCAGAGGCGGUUGCGGGCGAGAGGGCUGCGGAUGCAUGGAAGCUUUCUGCCGGUGUUGGAUGAGCUGGCUGUGGGAUAUGUGGCGGAGGCCUUCACCAAGUUGCUGACGAUGCCGAUCUCGACGGUGUUGACCAGGAAGCAGGUUGAGGGCCUUGCGUCGGCUACAGCAGCAGCGGGGAAGGAGAAGAAAUCACCCACCUCCUCAACGAGAGAUAUCGUCUCCGCCAUCGUCGCCCAAAAGGGCCUCACGGGCCUCUGGGCCGGCUACUCCGCCUCCCUCAUCCUCUCUCUAAACCCUGCCCUCACCUUCCUCCUCAGCCAAGUCUUCAAAUUCUCCCUCCUCCCGCGCGACAAGCGCAGACGGCCUCCUGCAUCGGCCACGUUCCUCUUCGCCGCCAUCAGCAAGGUCAUCGCCUCCUCCCUCACCUAUCCGUUCUCCAUGGCCAAAACGCGCGCACAAGCUGCCACCUCCGCGUCCACGUCUUCAUCCGCUGCCCGCCCGCCCCCGACCAUCCUCCACGCCAUCUACGCCAUCGCUCGCACAGAGGGCCUCACUGCUCUCUACGCAGGCCUGAGUGGGGACGUCCUCCGCGGCUUCUUCAGCCACGGCAUCGCCAUGCUCGCGAAGGACACCGUCUACAGGCUCGUGGUGCGUACGUAUUACCUCCUGCUGAUGAUGUUGCGCCGGUAUCCGUCGCCGGAGGAGUUGUUGGCGCGGGCGAAAGCGCGGACAGAGGAGGUUGCGGAGGAGGUGAGGGGAGGGGCCGGCGGGUUGGCGGGGAAAGUCGCGGGGAAGAUGGGUGAUGUGAAGGAAGCUGUUGUCAAGGGGGUGGGAAUGGCCGGUGGGCGGGAUGCGGGCGUUACGGGGAAGACAGUGGGUGGCGCGGAGGUGGCCAAGAGAAGGGUGGUGGAGGAUGUGUAUGAGGAUUCGAACGCGACGGCGGAGAUGGUCGGGGAGUAUGUAGAGGAUGAGGCAGAGGAGUGGAGGAGUAUGUAUCGGUGGUUUUGGGAUAAGGGGAAAUCAUAA